AUGACUGCCAUGAUCAUGAUGAACAAGUUAUUAUUGAUUUGUUUACAAGUUACAUUGGUAUCUUUCGUGAUUCCAGCGCCAGCAAAGGUUCCCAUUGAUCCUUCGAAGCAAUGGAGAUUGAACUGGUGCCAUUUUCCGCCUAGUGAUUUAUAUUUUGACGAAAAGGGUCCAAGUUUAAAAAAAUGUGUAGACAAUCUAAAUAGCACAGAGAAAACCAUCCCACUUUGUGAUAAAUUUGUUCAAAGUCUGAAUAAUAUUACUUGCCAUAAUAAGGUUUUUCAGAUAGACGAAAUUUUGAAUACCAUGAACAAAACAAAUGCUACAGUAAUUAAUAAAUACUGUAGUGGGUUACUAGCAUCCAGUUUCAAGAACACUGUCGAAUGCAACGAAACGUGUACACCUAGCAAAUUUACAAGAGACAUCUGUACAUUAUUAUAUUUCGGAAAGAACAUAAUGGACACAAUUCAAAGAAGAAAUGGAAAAGAAAUAACACAAACUGAAAAACCACCUGACACUGAUGGCAAUCAGAAUUCUCGAACUAAAGAUGGUAAUGAAACUGUGACCAAAAACGGAGAAGAGGGUGGACAAUCUAAACCUAAAAAUGAAACCAAGGAAAUCUCAACAAAUUCUACAACUAUUGUUCAAUCAAAGGAGACAACAGAACCUACUCUAGCCAAGGAAAUCUCAACAAAUUCUACAACUAUUGUUCAACCAAAGGAGACAACAGAACCUACUCUAGAUGGAAAAGAUAGUGGAAAAGAAACACAACAGACUGGGAAACAAGGUGGCCAAAGUGGGAAGGUGAAUUCUGGAAAUGAUAAUGGAGGAAGUGGGAAACCAAACGACAAAGGCAAAGUAGGGAAAGAGGAUGGAAAAGAUAGUGGAAAAGAAACACAACAGACUGGGAAAGAAGGUGGCCAAAGUGGGAAGGGGAAUUCUGGAAAUGAUAAUGGAGGAAGUGGGAAACCAAACGACAAAGGCAAAGUAGAGAAAGAGGAUGGAAAAGAUAGUGGAAAAGAAACACAACAGACUGGGAAAGAAGGUGGCCAAAGUGGGAAGGGGAAUUCUGGAAAUGAUAAUGGAGGAAGUGGGAAACCAAACGACAAAGGCAAAGUAGAGAAAGAGGAUGGAAAAGAUAGUGGAAAAGAAACACAACAGACUGGGAAAGAAGGUGGCCAAAGUGGGAAGGGGAAUUCUGGAAAUGAUAAUGGAGGAAGUGGGAAACCAAACGACAAAGGCAAAGUAGAGAAAGAGGAUGGAAAAGAUAGUGGAAAAGAAACACAACAGACUGGGAAAGAAGGUGGCCAAAGUGGGAAGGGGAAUUCUGGAAAUGAUAAUGGAGGAAGUGGGAAACCAAACGACAAAGGCAAAGUAGAGAAAGAGGAUGGAAAAGAUAGUGGAAAAGAAACACAACAGACUGGGAAAGAAGGUGGCCAAAGUGGGAAGGGGAAUUCUGGAAAUGAUAAUGGAGGAAGUGGGAAACCAAACGACAAAGGCAAAGUAGAGAAAGAGGAUGGAAAAGAUAGUGGAAAAGAAACACAACAGACUGGGAAAGAAGGUGGCCAAAGUGGGAAGGGGAAUUCUGGAAAUGAUAAUGGAGGAAGUGGGAAACCAAACGACAAAGGCAAAGUAGAGAAAGAGGAUUUGGCCUCCCUUAAUCCUGAGUCCGAGCCUGAGGGUCAUUUUAUGGCUUACUUUUUGACAGCAGUUGUGUUAUGUGUUGCAGGAUAUGUUAUUUUCCACAACAAACAGAAGAUUGUUGCAUUCAUCAUUGAAGGCCGAACUGGUCGAAGAUCUUCACGUAGACCAAACAAAGAUGGCUACAGCAGAGUGAAGACUGAUGAUGUUAUGCCAUCACUGGAAAAGUCAACCACAUCUAAGAGUUAUAUUUAUUGAGACAUGAAUAGUGGAGUGCUGAAAAAACCAUGUAUUUGCAGUGUACAAAAUCAAAGGAUAAGAGAUUGUAUAUAAAGGGCUGGUUGAUUUUCAAGCACAUUUCGUAUAAUUAUAGCUUUUUAGAUCGACAAUCUUCAAGCAAAUACAUAAUUGGGAUUUUCUUACAGAAAAAGGUUGGGGUAGUCUGUUUUUGCUUCCAUUUUCCCAGCUUGCCUGUGAUAUACUUGUAGUUAAAAGAAUAGGGAGAAUUUAAUAUGCAAAUAUUAUUAAUGGAUAUACUAACCAUCUGCUGAUUAAAAAAGAAUUUUGUCUGCAAUUAUCAACUUUAUACUGAAGAUGGAGGUCAAAAUAAAAUAUAUAGUGUACCAUACAGGGGUAGAUUUUGGGGUCAUUGUUAGACGUGAUUUAAUUCUUAUAGAAAUAUGUCUGUAAAAAGGGGUGUCAUUGAUACAUCCAAAAACAUUUAUAGUGUUUAGUAAAAUGUUUCCAGAAAACAUAGUAAAAAAACACAUUCCAUAUUAAAACCUAUGUAUAUAUGCAAUUAGUUCAUACUUUCAGUUUUGCAGUAGCAUAUUCAUGCAGCAUCACACUGCAUGGGACUUUGUAAUGUGUGUUUUUAUCAGUGUUCCAAUAUUGUCAUGUACAUUUACGUGUUAUUUUUGAAUACUUGAAAUAUGCAUAUAAGAUUCAUUUCAAAUUUAGAAGCUCAAGGGGAGAGAGUUUUAAAUGCUGAGAGAUUUUUCUUUUUUGUAAAAGUAAGCUACUGUUGAUAAAAGUGAGGAUUCACGCAUCAGAAGAAAGUAACUUGCUUUUCUUUGUCCUCGAUUAUUUUAUAUAGUUACUUUCAGUUUACUUAUUUUUGAUACAUCAUUUGUAUAGUCUUCUAAAAGAAGUUUUGUUAAAUAAUUAAUACUGGAUGUUCUAAAUUUCAAAUCUGAUAGAUAUGUGAAACUUUGUUGUCAGACCAAUAGUGAACUAGCUAUGAACAAUCAGAGGAUAGUUUUUCAAAUGACAUAAGUCUACUUCUAAGACUAUGCAUCGGAUAAGGAUGCUGUAGUAAUCACAUUGUACAACUAUCUACACCUUUUCUGACAUUAACUUGAGCACCUUUUAAUCAAAAGGCUUCAAGGCCUAGAUGGAUGAUGGUUGAAAGAAGAUAGAUAUAUAUAUAUAUAUAUAUAUAUAUAUAUAUAUAUCUAUCUUAGUGGGUCACUUGGGCACAGGUCUAGGUCAGACUAUAUCUUCCAUGACCAUUAAACAUUUUUUGUGAAAAAAUGACUGAAUAUAAAUAUCUUUAAUCCUAAAGGCUUCACAUUUACCACAUAGAUGGAGGAAUUUUUGAGAAGACACCAAUAGAUAAUGUGUCAAAGGUCAAGGUCAGAAAUUGUGAUUAUUGAUAUGAUCAUUAUGAUACAGAAACUUUGACAUGUUUUAAAUCAAAGAGUUCAUAUUUGAAUAAUGUAAUUAAGGAUUUUUUUUCCAAAAUGAAACAUCUAUAUACAUGUAUCUUUUACAUAGAUAUACAAUGGUUAGAUGAAGUUAUAUGGAGUUUGGUGUCUUCAACAAAUUAGAGUGCAGAUGAUAAAUAUUGACAAACAGAUAUGCCUAUCAUAUCUUUUAGAUGAUGCAAGAAUUUUGGUAUUUUUAGCUCACCUCGACGAUGUCGAGAUGAGCUUAUGCUAUACCCCCGGCGUCGGCGUCGGCGUUAGCGUCGGCGUCCCAGGUUAAAGUUUUAGGAGCAAGUCCCAUUCCCAAGUAACUAUAAGCCCUACCUGGACCAAACUUGCAUGGAUGAUGCAUCUAGGGAUGGACACUACCAAACUUGCUUCGGAUGCUGGAUCUGACCUAGAUUUUCCAGAGGAGUGACCAGGUUAAAGUUUUAGGAGCAGGUCCAUUCCCAAGUAACUAUAAGCCCUACCUGGAUCAAACUUGCAUGGAUGAUGCAUCUAGGGAUGGACACUACCACACUUGCUUCGGAUGCUGGAUCUGACCUAGAUUUUCUGGAUGAGUGACCAGGUUAAAGUUUUAGGAGCAGGUCCCAUUCCCAAGUAACUAUAAGCCCUACCUGGAUCAAACUUGCAUGGAUGAUGCAUCUAGGGAUGGACACUACCACACUUGCUUCGGAUGCUGGAUCUGACCUAGAUUUUCCAGAUGAGUGACCAGGUUAAAGUUUUAGGAGCAGGUCCCAUUCCCAAGUAACUAUAAGCCCUAUCUGGACCAAACUUGUAUGGAUGAUGCAUCUAGGGAUGGACACUACCACACUUGCUUCGGAUGCUGGAUCUGACCUAGAUUUUCAGUGAGUGACCAGGUUAAAGUUUUAGGAGCAGGUCCCAUUCCCAAGUAACUAUAAGCCCUACCUUGUCCAAACUUGCAUGGAUGAUGCAUCUAGGGAUGGACACUACCACACUUGCUUCGGAUGCUGGAUCUGACCUAGAUUUUCCAGAUGAGUGACCAGAUUAAAGUUUUAGGAGCAGGUCCAUUCCCAAGUAACUAUAAGCCCUACCUUGACAAAACUUGCAUGGAUGAUGCAUCUAGGGAUGGACAUGGCCACACUUGCUUCGGAUGCUGGAUCUGACCUAGAUUUUCUGGAUGAGUGACCAGGUUAAAGUUUUAGGAGCAGGUCCAUUCCUAGGUAACUAUAAGCCUACCUGGACCAAACUUGCAUGGAUGAUGCAUCUAGGGAUGGACACUACCACACUUGCUUCGGAUGCUGGAUCUGACCUAGAUUUUCCAGAUGAGUGACCAGGUUUAGAUUUAGGAGUAGUCUCGUUCCCAAGUAACUGUAAUCCCUACCUGGACCAAACUUUCAUGGAUGAUGCAUCUAGGGAUGUACACUAACCAACCUGCUUUGAAUGCUGGAUCUGACCUAGAUUUUCCACAUGAGUGAAUUUUAGCCAUAUUUUAACCAAAUUAGCAUGCAUGAUUUAUCUAGGGAUGGACACUUCCAGACUUGCCUUGGAUUCUGAAUCUGAUGUACAUUUUCCAGAUGAGUGACCAGGGUAAUUUUUUUGGAGUAGCUAUAUAAUAUUAUGGCCUGUUAUGAUUAAACUUGCAUAGAUGGUGCAUCUAAGGAUGAAAACUUCCAGACUUGCUUUGGAUGUUGGAACUGACCAAAAUUUUCUUGAUUACUAAACAGGUCAAAAGUUUUUUGAGCAGGUCUAUAAUUAAAUCAAACUUGCAUGGAUAUUGAUCUUGGGAUGUACCCUAACUAGAAAAAAAAUAUGAUGUGAAAUUUGCCUUACAUGUAGAUAACAUUCGUCGAGGUGAGCUUCGUAAUCUUUGAUUACCUAUGUUUUUAAUUUCAUAACAGAGGUAAAAAAAAAAAUUUAGGCCAUUAGAAGAUCAGGAACAAAACUGUUUAUAUUAAUUUUUAAUUUACACAAUCUACAAAAUCUUGAAUAUAUUUCUGGAUCUUUCACUUCAUUUUCACUAAAGGAGAUAUAUAUAUAGAUUUUAAGCCACUAGCUCAAAAAAUGGUCAAGAUUAUGGAUUUAAGCACACUACCUGGCCCUGGAUGACUUUGCUAGUAUAUUUACUGUGGUUGUAGUUCAGUUGCUUUUUUUGACUGUCAUUUCUUUACCUUUAUUUUUUUAAUCUGAUAACCAGAUUUGUAAAAUAAGCCCAAGGAAGUGUUCUAUUUUAAACAGUAGACCUCUGUGACGACCACAAUGGCCUUCAAUAGGUGAACCAAUUUUCAUUGCUUUCACUUCAACAAAUGCAGGAAUAAUCAGAGUACUUACCGUGUCAAUUAUUCUGCCAUUUACAUGAAGAAGCUAUCCUGCUCAUCAAAAUUAAUGACUGAUUCCAUCUAUAAAUAUUACAAUUAUUGUCUGAUUUUAUACCGCGUUGACUUGGCAAAAGUAAGAGGUGAUAGCUUUAAGGUCAUGAGGAGUGUAAGCAGGCUUCUGAUUGGCUGUUCAGGUUCAUAUCCUCACUUCAUUUUUUUCCCAGUCUCCCUUAUUGGGAACACAGCUUACUUUUCGGUCUAAUCAUGGUCGGUAGAAAGAUUGAGCUUUUUGUCUUAAGUAUUGAUUAUAUGAGAUUACACUCUCUAUAUAGCUUAUAUGAUUCUUACUUUUGUCUCAGUGUACAUUGCACAUAGGUAUGUGUGAUUUUAAUAUGUUAUGAAGUUGUUAGAGUUGCCCCCUGUUUCUGUUCUCUUAUAGUUUCGUCACAAAUUUUGAUAAUACAAAUGAGUAGUUUAUAACCUUUGUUCAUUUUAUAUUAAUGCUUGACGCUAUAUAAUGUUUAUGUUUGUAAUAUGUAAUGUUACUUUGUAAUAUUUAUUUUUUUUAUUGUGUGGAGACCUAUGAAAUAGGCUAUUUUUUUGUUUUUCAUAAGUAAGCUGGUGUAAAAUCAGAAUUUCAUUACUGAUAAGUGACAUCCUAAAAACACGUCUGACACACCCAUAAAUUGACUUAUUUUGCAAAUAAUGUAUUAAAAUGGUAAAUAAAAAAUCAAACUACGGAACAGAGAA